UGGUUUUUUUGUGGCUUUUGUGUUUAUUAUGGUUAUUGUGGUUUUUUAGUACGACCAAAAUUUUGACUGUCAGCAUCACAGUGUGUUGUCGUAGCUAGUUUUUUUUACUAACAAUUUACGUAUUUUGCUUUGAAGAGUUACUAAUUUUGAUAAAGAUUUGUGUGCUAAUAUAUUGAACAGUUAAAAUCAAGAUUUAUUUUUAAAGUCGACAGAUGAGCUACACAGAAUCAGCUUAAGAGGAAACCAGGCAACACAUAACAUCAUAUCAAACUUAAAUAUUUAUAUCUGUAAGUAAAGGUGGUUUCUUAACUUCUUCAAUUUUUGGUUAAUGAAAAAAUGAAUUAAGUUAGUGAUGCUGAUCACUAAUCUAUCUAAAACAAUCUUAAGAAGGGGAGGUAUCAAGUUCUUUAAAGAUGAUUUCUUGAAUCAGGUAAUCCGAACAAUGUCUGCUAAUUCUGAUUCAAUUAAGUCUGCUGAUAGGCUUGAAGGACACAAGCUAAGUGUUUGGAAUGAAUUCAUUCAACUGGCAACUGACCAUAAACCUGUUAAUUUGGGUCAAGGGUUCCCUGAUUAUCCUGCCCCGUCUCACGUAACUAAAGCCUUGGUUGAUGUUCAGAAUGAUGAAAACAUCCUUUUACAGCAGUACACCAGAGGCUUUGGACAUCCUCGUCUUGUUAAAGCAUUGAGUAAGCUGUACUCUAUGUUAAUUGAACGUCCAGUCGAUCCAAACAAUCAUGUUUUGGUUACUGUUGGAGCCUAUGAAGCUCUUUAUUGUUCCAUCAUGGCUUGGGUUAAUCCCGGUGAUGAGGUUAUAAUUAUUGAACCAUUUUUUGACUGUUACAAACCAAUGGUGGAACUUGCUGGUGGAAAACCUGUUUUCAUUCCUCUCAGACCUCCAACCAAUACGUCUUACGUCAUCUCGAGUGGAGACUGGAAGCUUGAUAUGACUGAACUCGAACAUAAAUUCUCCAACAAAACAAAAAUGAUUAUAGUUAAUACACCGCAUAACCCACUCGGAAAAGUUUUUACCCGUGAAGAGUUGACUCAAAUUGCCGAUCUCUGUAAAAAGUAUAAUGUUAUCGCUUUGAUGGAUGAAGUUUAUGAGUGGAUUAUUUUCAAUGGAAAACAACAUGUUAGAAUGGCUUCUUUUCCUGAUAUGUGGGAUAGGACAAUUACUGUUGGAUCUGCUGGUAAAACUUUUUCAUUGACUGGUUGGAAAAUUGGAUGGGCUUAUGGGUCAGAAAAAAUGAUAAGACCUCUUCAAUUAAUUCAUCAAAAUAGCAUUUACGUUUGUGCAACCCCCUUACAGGAAGCAAUUGCUAGAGGAUUUGAAACCGAAAUAGCAAAUUACGGAACAAAUAAAUCAUACUGGAAAGAAUUAUCUGAUGAUUUACAAGAAAAAAGAGACGAAAUGGUUCAAGUUUUAACAGCUGCUAAUAUGAACCCAACCAUUCCAGAAGGUGGUUAUUUCCUCUUAGCUGAUUUUUCUGAGCUAGCUAAUCGAGUCAACUAUUCCAGUAUUACAGAUGGCACAAAAGACUACCGUUUUACUAAAUGGUUGAUCAUUGAGAAAAAACUACAAGGAAUUCCACCAAGCGUCUUUUACUCAGAGGAUCAUCAAAAAUUGGUUGAAAAUUUCAUUCGUUUCUGCUUUUUCAAAAAACCAGAGACAUUAGCAAAAGCUGGUGAAAUAAUUAAAAAACUAUAAAGAAAGGACAUUUGAAAUUACUACACUGUUGGGUUUGUUGAAAUGAAAAACAAAUUGUCAAACCAACAAACUUCCUGGAUUCUUAUUUUUGGAUUUAACUAUCAAAACAGAUGGAUUUAGUUUCUAGACUCAGUAUUCAACUUGUCGCAAAUUGACUAUACUGCAAUGUUAUAAAUUAAAAUGCAAUAUUUUGAAUUUUUA